AUGGGCAAACACCAACUAUACCCACUGUCCACUAUGGUAUGGAUCUGCUGCUGCCGCUGCCAAAACAAACCAUCAAAAGUGCUUGGUGGUUUGUGCUUUUCUGGUGAAGCAACGACACAGCGUCCAACCGUCUCGGUGCGACGUUUGGGGGCCUGUGUUCUGCCUUGUGUUAUUUCUCCGACUCGCGUGUCCAUCGAUCCCUUGAGGUUAUCCCCUGUCUGUAGCCAAAGUCCCUGCCGAGUCUGA